GGCUGAAUUUCGAAGCGUAUUAGGGAAAUAAAAGUAAUUAAUUUAUUAGCAAUUGUAAGCAAACGGAAGGCGUACCUAAAUAUGCCGCAGAACUGUUUGGAGUCCAUAAAGCGGCGCCAACGCAUUCUGGGCCGCGUGGAGCCGGAGGUGAUGCCGAAGGUGGGGAGCGAGGGGCUGUACACCAAUUUACUUCAUUGGUUCAAAGUGAAUGUGCUUGAGAAGCUGGCGAGGAAAAAAUACGCAGCUGACUUUUUGAAGCCCUUAGACAAUCCGAAUUUCUACAAGAUUACCAAAAAUCCACUGGACAUCGGCAUUAUUAGGAGGAGAAUCGACAAUCGGUACUACUCGACUCUGGCAGAGGCUCUCCGAGACUUUCGAAUUAUGCUCGAUAAUUACUGCGAAUAUUUUGCACCGCAUGACGAGAGCGGAACACGUAUGGGUAGAAGUCUCUUGAAACUGAUGAUACAUCGACAGCUGGGACCGGAGGUACCCUUGACCAGGCAUCCCCGUCGCGCCAGCCCGAAAGCGGUGCACGGCAGGACCCUCAAGAGCCAGUGCGAGGCGAAGUUGAGAAAGUUUCGGCUGCUCGCCAAAAAUCUGCAACAUUCCUUUGCUCGCACUCUUCUCGGGAAGUGUGAUUAUAUGAAGAAGAAGCUGUCCGAGUGCAACUUUCGGACCCGUGAGCAGUUCAUGGAGGAAUUUCGAAGCAUCCUGCACGAUUUUCGCACCUCUGCCGUACAAUAUUUACACAGCAAAGGCUAUCCGAAUAUUCCCAAGAAGCCGAGCCUUGAAGAGCCAAUGGAUGGCUCAGGGUCAGACUCUGACUCGGCAAUUUCCUGCGACUGCGAGUCCUGCAGCGACUCUAGCUGUGACUGCAGCUGCAGCUGCAGCUGCCAAGACUCCAGCCUCAGCUCUGACUCUGACAAUGAGACUCCAGCCAAGAAAAUUAAGUUCUAGCUCUUACUUUGACUGUCCAAAACAGAGAAAAUGUUUAUUGCGGGGAUGCACCAUCUCUAUGCUCCACGCACUUGCACUUGUUUUUCUCCUCUGUGCCAUA